UGAUUUGUAGAAGUUGUUCAGGCAGGCUUUACUUCUUAAUAUAAUCAUAAAAUAAUAGUAAAGAGUAACCUUAAGAUUGGAAUAUGAAAAUGGAAGUUAUGUGUAAAUGGAAUAUUAAACAUAGAGAAGGAAACAGAUAACUAUCUCAAGCAAGCAUAGCAAAGACGCCUAAUGAAGGAAACAUGACAAAGAUUCCAAUAGCAUAUAUAUUGUUCAUACUUGUUUUCUAAUCCAAAGAUGCAUUUCUUAAUCCAUUUCACACUCCGAAUUUCACCGUUGGGUAUCUCAAGUUUUCAGUUCCCAAUUCGGUUUGACUUUGUUGCAGUUGCUGGGGUUUCUCCUAACUUUGCCUGUUAUAAAGCUAGCCAUCGCUUAAACCUUAAGCUCCCUAGCCCCCUUCUUGGCCCCAUCCUCACCGCCCAGACUAGCUCGAAGCUGUCUCAGCUUGGCUGAUGUGAAUUGGGAUCACCGUCUCAUCUGGGUCCCCUCUUGUACAGCCUGUUUAUUUUAAUUUGGUCAACCAACCAAGCUAUUAGGUUUCCACGUAAGACCAGAGCUCAAGAUCCUGUCAUUCCAGGAACCUUAGUCACCUCUCUUCUUUUCUCCAUAAAUAUUGUGACCCCUUCCAUGUUUAAAAUCUCUUCGCCUGGAAAACUGUUACUAUUAUAGUAGAUACAAAUUAAGAAAGUACUGCAAAAAAUCAGACAUGGGGAAUUGUAUUAAACACGAAAAUUCAUCUUGGGCUGAUGAGCACGACUGGGGGUCUUUGGUGUCAACUCACAGGCAAGGAGAUGGUGGUGAGAUUACCAUCAUGGACAAGGAGAAGAUGCUUGGUGCAAAGCGAGAUGCAAAUACCAGAGAGGUGAAGAUAACUUCAAGGAAGGAGUUAGAGCAAUUGGUACAGAAGGUGGACAUGCAAAGUAUGUCUCUUGAACUCGUCCUGGCCAGGAUGAUCAAGGGUGGAGAUGUUUAUGAGGUGGACCAACAUCGGUCAUGGAAGCCGGUCUUACAAAGUAUUCCGGAGUGAGCUAGAUAAGGAGUCGUAGAUGGUGUCAAUUCCAUGAAUUUCUUCAUCCUCAGUUCUCUGGGUUUGAUCAUCUUUUCAUGUUUUGAAAGAUGAGAACUAGGCUAGAAAUAAUUCAUCAUGAUUUUUUAGCAAAAAAGUAAAAACAAAAAGGAUCCUAUCAAACCCAACUUUAAUUUUUUUAGUUAUACUCUUAUUAUAAUCUAGACAGUUAUUUAUUUACUUAUAUAUAUUAUAUAGCUUCGUAUUUGCCUAUAGUGAAAUACUUUA